CCCGCUCCAGCCGCCGCGCAUCCUUGUCCCGCGCCGGGCUCUGCGCUCGGCUCCCUGCUCCGCUCCGCGCCGCGCUCUGCGCCCGGCGCGCCCAGCUCCCCGGCUCCCCUUUCGGAGGGCGGCGCGGCCAUGAGACUGCGGGGACGCGGUCCCCGGGAUGCCCCCGCCUCCAGCGCGGGGGCCGUCGACGCGCGGCGGCUGGCGCCCCCGGGGCGGAACCCCUUCGUGCACGAGCUGCGCCUCGGCGCCCUGCGGAAGGCCCAGAUCGCAGUCAUGACGCUGACGCUCUUCCCCAUCCGGCUGCUGCUCGCCGCCUUCAUGAUGCUGCUCGCCUGGCCCUUCGCGCUCGUCGCUUCCCUGGGACCCGCAGAGAGGGACCCGGAGCAGCCCCUGGCCCUGUGGCGGAAGGUCGUGGACUUCCUGCUCAAGGCCAUCAUGCGUACCAUGUGGUUCAUCGGCGGCUUCCACUGGGUGGCCGUGAAGGGGCAGCAGGCCUUGCCCACCGAGGCGGCCAUCCUCACCCUGGCACCCCACUCCUCCUACUUCGACGCCAUUCCCGUCACCAUGACCAUGUCCUCCAUUGUGAUGAAGGCGGAGAGCAGAGACAUUCCCAUAUGGGGAACUCUGAUAAAGUACAUCCGGCCAGUCUUCGUGUCCCGGUCAGACCAGGACUCCCGCAGGAGGACCGUGGAGGAGAUCAGGAGACGGGCACAGUCGAAGGGCAAGUGGCCGCAGAUAAUGAUUUUUCCAGAGGGAACUUGUACCAACAGGACCUGCCUAAUUACCUUCAAACCUGGUGCCUUCAUCCCGGGAGUCCCUGUCCAGCCUGUGGUUCUGCGGUACCCAAAUCAGCUGGACACCAUCACGUGGACAUGGCAAGGCCCCGGAGCGUUGGAAAUCCUGUGGCUCACCCUGUGUCAGCUUCACAAUCGAAUUGAAAUUGAGUUCCUCCCAGUGUACAGCCCCUCGGAGGAGGAGAAGAAGGACCCCGCCCUGUACGCCAGCAACGUGCGCCGCGUCAUGGCCGAGGCCCUGGGCGUCUCCGUGACCGACUACACCUUCGAGGACUGCCAGCUGGCCCUGGCGGAAGGACAGCUCCGUCUCCCUGCCGACACCUGUCUUCUAGAAUUUGCCAGGCUGGUGAGGGGACUGGGCCUGAAACCAGAAAAACUCGAAAAAGAUCUGGGCAGAUACGCAGAAAGCGCUCGGAUGAAGAGGGGAGGGAAGAUCGAUGUCUCGGAGUUUGCGGCGUACCUGGAGGUGCCCGUCUCGGACACGCUGGCCGACAUGUUUUCCCUGUUCGACGAGAGUGGGGGCGGCGAGAUGGACCCGCGGGAGUACGUGGUCGCCUUGUCUGUCGUCUGUCGGCCGGCCCAAACCCUGGACACCAUGCAGCUGGCAUUCAAGAUGUACGGGUCUCAGGAGGACGAUAGCAUAGACGAGGACGCCCUCUCCAGCAUUCUCAAGACGGCCUUAGGGGUGGCGGAGCUCUCUGUGACCGACCUCUUCCGGGCAAUCGACCAGGAGGAGAAGGGGAGGAUCACAUUCGCCGACUUCAGCAGGUUUGCGGAAAUGGACCCAGACUUCGCAGAGGAGUAUCUGUACCCCAACCAGUCGCCUUUCGACAGCUGUGCACAGACACCCCCUGCUCCUACCCCCAACGGCUUCUGUGUUGACUUCAGCCCUGAGAACUCGGAUGCUGGCAAGAAGCCUGUGCAUAAGAAGCUGGACUAGGCCAGAAGGUGCUGAGGAGACGAGGCUGCUCCCUGGCGGUCACUGCCCCGCCUCCACGUGGCCGCGAGCCCAUCCGCUGUGACCACCUCCGGGCUCCACUCUCCACACAGGCUGCACGCUCACUGUCCGCAGGCCCGCCUUCCAGAGGCUGGGUUUGUUUUCACGCUGCUUCUCCGUGAGGCACCAGCCUGGGGGGCACCAGCCUGGGGGGCGCCUGGAAGGAAAACCUCAUGCUCGCAGCGUCUGGUCUCCUCACAGCGGGACCGCACGGGGUGUGCCCUGGGCAUCGUGGCCUGGCUCCAGGGGUCUCCCUGCCAGGCAGGUCCUCGGGGGGCUGGGUGGAAAUCAGGCGUGGCUUGUUUCCACCCGCGGUGCCCUGGCUUGGGGUUUCCAUCUCCCUGUGUCCACACUGCCCCUGCGGCCAGCACGCUCGGGAAGGGGACACGGGGCAUGUGCUUCGGUUCCAGCACAGACCCUCUGCCGACCUCUGGGGGCACCGUGCAGCCACCCGCCAUCUGGUUUUUAAACAUUUCUAUAUUUGUGGGAGUUCAUGAGUAUUUUAUAAACUUCAUUUAGAUACUUCAGGAGACACUUAGCAUUUUUUUAAAAAAAGAAAGAAAAUUGUUUUUCUACUUCAUUUUCUUUUGAGGGUCAGAGGAUAUUUAUUUAUAGGCCUUUUUGAUAGAAUCUGAGGCUGUCUGUGUCUUUGACGUCACUCUCUCUCCGGCCUCCCUCGACCAGGUCAGUUUCUCUCCUGUCUGGGCCACCACGAGCACCAGCCCAGAGCCGCUGUUUCUGAUCCUCAAUCCUUUUUAAUCCCCCUCUUUUUUUAUAAAUGUUACCAGCUUGGUAUUUCUGUUUUACUAUGAUGUCAUCUACUUCACCGUAGCGUCAACGCCAGUGGAAGCGUUGACUGUGGAGGGCGUGAGUGAGGACAGAGGACUGGGCCCGGCCAUUUGUUGUGUGGGGGGGCUGCGCCCGGAGCAGACCGCAGCCCCGGGGCAGGUGUGCGUGCAGGCCCGUCUCGGGGGUGACCGUCUCCCCUUGGCUCCGGCUCCAUGGUGAGCAGGACGAAGGAGCCGCCCCUGCAGGCAAAUGAGCCGUGUGGACAGAAACGGCGUGGAGAGGAGCGAGAGCAGGUGACGGCCUCGUGCAGGUAGAUGUCCCUCCUGUCACAGUGACAAGGGUGGCAUGGGCUCUGACAGAGAAGAACUCAGGCCCCUCCCCGAGUCAGGUGAGGAGAGGUGCUUCCUAGCACAGGAAAGGGGACGCAAGGGUGUCGCCUCUGCUCUUCCCACAGUCGCCAUGAUGCGUCUCCUCAGGACACGACUGGGACCUGUCCUUAAAGCACAGUCAUGACCGCAGACUCCAGUCUGUGCCCUGAAGCAAGGCCUCGGGGUUCCUUUGGGGAAAUCAUGUUUUGUUUUCAUCUCUAAAAUGAAUGUUACAUUAGGGGCUUGAAAGUGACCACCAGGGCCAGAAGCACAGGGAAAAACAUGUUUACUAACUUCCUGAGGCACCACGGGCACUUCUGCCACUAGACGUCAGGACUCCCCUCGACGCCCGCCAGCGGUCGCCUCCGCCUCGUUCCAGCUGCUCACUGCCAGCCAGGACGCCACAGGGCCGGGCGCGCGGCUUGUCCGACACAGCAGGGUCUCAGAUGCAGCCUUGGUAGCUGACGGUAAUUGAUUUUAUAAUCAUGAAACGCAUAGAGGUUCAUUUUUAAAAGAGGAAACCCCACCCACGACCAGUGAAGGAGGCGAACAAACUAAGAUGUUCUGAGGGAAGGGGCCCGAGCCCGGGGCCUCCGUCCUUCGUGUCUGUGCAUGAAGGGUUUUUGGAAUGAAGUGCCGCCAUGCAUUUUCAGGAAAAAAAUCCCUGAGAAGCAGACUUGGAAUGGAUGUUUGCUCCUCCGGAUCCACUUCCCCUGUCGUAGUGACCGAAUGGCAUUCAGAGCUGUGAGUGUACAUAGUGUCAGAACUUCCUCCCUUCAGUGUGAGACAAGGACGAAGCGGGAGGGCAGCCCCGGCCCUGCUGCCUGCUGGGGCCCUGCCGGGUCUCGGGGGCCCUGCUGGAAAGGGUGCCGUGGAAAGAACUUCGGAUUUUCAGUGGAAUGAAUAAAACAAAGUCCUAUGUACUUGAA